CACCAAACUCUCGCUCUAUUCUAUAAACAAACUUCUUCAUCUUCCAUUUUUUUCUCUAUUCAGUUAUACUCUGUAACAAGAAGAUAAAUCAUCAAUAAUUUAUCGUAUUAUUUUUCCUUCCAGUUGCUAUAGUUGAUUAAUGAUGGAUUUUGAGGCUUCUGAUAAGCAAAACUUAUGUGUUGGUGAUGAUGAUGGUAACUUAAAUGUUAAAGGGCUCAAUUCAUGUGAGGAAAAAACAUCUCAUUCAGAUGUGAUGAGGGAACCUGUUUCUUGUGUGGACUUUGAAUCUGCAGACGAUGUUGACGAUGUUCCUGCGUCACCAAGAUAUUCUCCGAGUUCAAGUUUGGGAACAUGUAGUAGUAAACCUGAUGUUUCUGUUAAGAAGAGGGAUAGUAGUAAUACUACACUGACAGUUAAGAGGUUGUUUGAUAACAGCAAUUCCUUGAACAUUUCCGUUAAGAAACAAAAGAUGUCACCAUAUUAUGAUCACGGCGAAGACGAAUAUGAAGGCGAAGAUGUUCAUGAUGAAUCAGCUGAUAAAUCAUUUUCCUCGCUGAAGAAUGAAGUUAAUUUGGUAGAAAAAUUGUUUAAGAAUUGCAAAAGGAAGAGGACAGAAGAAGAGAAGAAAUUGCAGUCCAUAAAGAGAGAUAUUGAAGAAUGUUGUAAAGAGCUUCGAAAUAAGAAGCAGCGAGUUAUUUGUGUUAGAAGAGUUAAUGAAAUUUACAAUAAAAUGUUGGGAAAAGCUGAGAGCAAGGAAGAGGAACUCAAGGCUCUUACCCAAAAAGUUGAAAGCAAGAAAGAGGAACUCAAGGCUCUUAACCAAAAAGUUGCGGAAGGUAAUCUGGAACUUAAGUCCAAGGAGAAAGAGCUUGAUGCAAUGAAAAUAUCAAUUAGCGGACAAGCGGAAAUAUUAGAGUCCGAAAGGAAGCAGUUACUAAAGGUAAUAUCAGUAAUGCAGAAUGAUCGUGCUCAAAUGAGGGAUGUUGAUUCAAAGAAAAAGCGACUUGAAAAUCAUGUUAAGGAACUCGAGUCAAAAGAGAAUGAGUGCAAAGGACGGGUGGGGGAACUUGAGUCGAAGGAGAAGUACUUAGAAGGACAAUUAAAGGCGUUAGAAUCAAGAGCGAAGCAGAUGAAAGGACAUGUGAAACGGUUUGAGUCAAUGAAGAGGGAAUUUGGAGAUCAUAUAAAGAAGGUUGAAUCAAAAAAUAAGCAAGUUGAAGGACAAGAAAUGGAACUAAAGUCAAAAGAGACGCAGCUUGAAGGCCUGAAAAAAGAGUUAGAAUUAAAAGAGGAGAAAUUGGAAGGCCGAGUGAAGGAGCAUGAAUUGAAAGCAGAAGAACUUGAAGGUCGAGUUAAGGAGAUCGAAUCAAAAAAUAAGCAUUUGGAAAGCCAAGUUGAGUAUUUCAAAUCAAACGAUAAGCAAUUUGAAGAACGGUGGAAAGAACUCGAAUCAAAAGAGAAUCAGUUCAAAGUAAAGGAGAAGGAGCUCAAGUUAAAAGAGAAGCAGAUUGAAGUACAAGUCAAGGAGCUUGAGUCAAAGCUGAACGAAUUUGGCGGACAACUGAAGGAGCCUGAGUUAACAGGGAAACACUCUGAAGCAUUUAAAAAACAUAUUGACGAGGAAAAAGAAUCGGUUGCAUCUUACAUGGAUGAUCAGUUAAGUCAUACAAUUGGUAGAACAAGUUUGCAGUUGUACACAAGCGAGAAAACUGAUGACGUUGAGUCACUUUGCAAAGACAUUUUUGUUUAUCUGCAAGAAUCAGCAGAUCCAUCAAGACUUGUUUUGGAUAUAAUACAGAACCCCGGUACUCCACUGUGUAAGAAGGGAGACAAUGCUGUGAUUAUUGAUGAAUGCCACAUCUAUCUGUUAGAAGAACUGAUGAGAAUAUCACCAACUAUUAAACCUCGUGUAAGAGAAAAAGCAUUGAAGCUAGCGCGCGAUUUGAAAGCUUACAUGAGAGAGAAUACUAAAAAUUCAUCGGCUGUUGUUGGUUUUAUGCUGCUUUUGUCAGUUUAUGGAUUGCUAACUUAUUUCGAUAAAUGCGAAGUUUUGGAGCUUUUUGCAUCUGUUGCUCAGCACAAGACAGUUAUGGAGCUGUUUGAGACCCUCGGUUUUGCAAAUAAAGCUUCUGAUUUUGUUAAAUAUCUUAUCAGGAGAAAGCAAUUUGUUGAAGCUGUUAGAUUCAGCUGUGCAUAUAACUUGGCUGACAAGAACCAAUUAAUUGAUAUGUUGCGAGAACACGUCCAGAAUGUGAAACUGAUUUGUACGAGCCGUUGUGAGAAAACUAACUCAAUUGAAAUCAAGGAUAAGGCUAGAGAUCAAGAAAUCGCUAGUCUGGGAACUGUUCUACAAUGCAUAUCAGACAACAGCCUAGAAUCUGAGGAUCUGCUUCGCGAGGAAAUUCAAUGUCGUAUUCAUGAGCUAAACCAACAUAAAGGCAAAUAAGGUUUUUUGGUACAUAAAUGCUUAAUGUAAAGAAAUGUGGUAAUGGAAACCUACUACUACUUCUGUUAGGGUACUUAUUCACGUUAAAUGACUUUUACAACUUUUGUUAGGGCUGACUGUAUUUCUUGGUUCCAUGUACAACUUUUGUUGUGAACUCACCUUUUAGUGUUUAAGUGUUUUCAUUA